AUGGGAGGUGUGAAUGAUUUGGUCAACCUCGACUGCAUCAAUGAGAUAGAUCUAUUCAAGGACAUAAAAACUCUGCACUCGUUGGCUCAUAAAAGAGGCGUCAAGACCGUUGCCAUGACGAUUUUAGAGGCUUACGUGAAAGAGGAGAAAUUAAGUUACGUAGAUAGUAAAGAGUUUGAGAAAUUAAGAAUAAGCAUAAAUCAGAAAAUAAAAGCAAUGAAUGAAACUGAAGUAAUGUUGGUUUGCGAUACUGCCAUGUUGUUUCCUUAUAAAUCCUUGUCCGACACAAUGAAGAAUUAUUUAUGGACCAAUGAUAAAGUUCAUCCAACACCGCGUGGUUAUGAUCAGUUAGGAAGAGUUAUAUUUCACUGUAUUUAUGAAAAAAUUAGGUCAGAGUUAAAAGUAACAAAUAAUCUGCUCUGA